AUGUCGCAGUCGCGGACUCCAAAGCGGGCGCGUCUUAGUUGCGCAGAGUGCAGACGCCUCAAAAUCAAGUGUGACCGCGUCGCGGUUGCGCUUCGCUUUGUCCUGAUGGGAGUCUGGCAAUCCAGAUAUGUCCUGAGCGAUACCGAGAGUCUUCACCGCAAAAUUGAAGAACUCACUCUCCGAGUCCGCGAGCUCGAAAGCGGCCUUCAGGCUGAGCGCUCCCUCACUUCAUCAGAGCCCCAUCCAUUGCUUGAUGAAUCUCUUUUGUCCAUUGCCGCGCCUGCAACUCAAGAAGAUCACUCAGCACUGGCUGAGGAUGGCCCCAUCUCUGGAUUCGGGACCCUCAUGGUUGCUGAAGAUGGAACGAGAAUGAAGUGGCUUGGCGCUACAGCGGUCGCCGCAUGGUUCCUCGAGGAUGGCGUGGACGAAGACGCCGCAGCCCAUCAAAAUUCAGAAUGGGAGCUUGACAAGCAUAUUCUCGAUCUCUGCCACAACUUUCCAUUUGGAAACCUUCUCAUUCACGACAAGUCUAAAGAGGAGCUGUACAAUUAUGUCCCACAGGACGAAGCGGAUGCCCAUCUACUCGUCGACCGCUUCUUCAACUCGGUGGGAUGGCUUUACAACUUUGUGCCACGCCAAAAGCUACACGAGAUGGUGCAGUCCAUGUAUGAUCCGAGCAUGCAGAUUAUCGGUCCACACAAACUUGCGGUCGUCUACAUGAUCUUUGCGCUCAACGUUUUAGUCGACCAGGAUCCCAAGCCCGAAUGGCGCAGUUCUCAUACAUACUCUCAGCUCGCUAGGGCUUGUCUGGGCGUGGAGACCGUCUUUGGAACCAAUGCAACAUUGGCGACCGUGCAGGCACUGUCGCUGCUCUCGCUCUGGUACCAGCUCGCCGAUGAUUCAGGUGACCCAUCGCGAAGCUGGGGGUGCCUCGGCUUGACAUUCAAGGUCGCGCAGAGUAUUGGAUUGCACAGAGACGGCAAGAACUGGAAUCUAUCAGAAGAGGAGUCGCUCGACCGACGAAGGGUGUUCUGGGAACUCCAGGCCCUUGAUGUCUGGCAGGCUCUAGGGUAUGGGCGUCCGCCGAGCUUAGUCAAGCCACAUUUCGACUGUCCUCAACCAUUUGAUACGGAAGAGAGUCUUGGGCAUCCACCAAACUUUCAUCGCUGGAAGCAUCAUUACAUUUCGGCCAUCAUGAGUGUUCUAGACCACGCUCUUAUUUCGAAUUCGACAACCUCGUCCACGAGCCCGCAUGCUAUCAUUCUCAAAUUGGACACCAAGAUUCGGAGCUGUGCGAUUCCAGCAAAGCUCCAACUCAAGGACGCAGCUGCGCGCAGCCAGGCAGACGAGAUGCUGCUUCUGCAACAUUAUACGUCAAUGCUCUCGAAAGAGUCGGCGCUGAUGUACCUCCAUCGAGGAUUCUUUGCACGUGCCGUUUUUGAUCCCCCGCACGAGCCACUACGCCAUAAAUACUCGCACUCGGUCCUCGCGUGUUUUACCUCGGCGUGCCAGAUCCUGAGGUGGAUGCGGGAGGUUGUUUAUCCUUAUUCGCAUCUAUUGAACAGGCUGUUCGGAUGGUGGGGACACGCGUAUUCGUCGGCGGUCACCCUUGGCGGACUCGUGGUCAUGAGUCCUGGCUGCAACCUAGCCGAACAAGCCCUUCGGGAGUUUGAUGCCGCAAUCGAAAUGCUCAAUCAUGGCACCGUCGGCCCAAAGGCUCGUCGAAUUCUCCCCGCACUAGAGAAGCUCCAGAAAAAGGCAAGGGAAAAUUAUGAGCUAUUCCGGGCUGGCAAGUGGCAUCCAGACAAUAAGAAGAAUCCUCCCCCGCCAGAGAUGCCGGGUCUAGGUGCCGCAUCACUUCCUCUGGCCAGCAAAAUGCAUUCCCAACCCCAAGAUUUCGAUGUCAGUAAUCACCCUGGGCUAUGGGAGAUGGAGGUCCAGCCAUCGCCACCUUCGUCCCGUGGCUUUUCGGGUUCCAUCUCGCCAGAGGAUCAGAUUGCUCUCCAACUUCCAAUCCAUACCCCAGGUCCCUCAAUCCCGAUCACCGUGGACAUGGCACGUCCAGAACUUAGCAUCCCACCAGAGGGCAUAGCAUACCAGCGGGCGCAGAGAGCACAGUCGUUUGACGAUUACCUACGACUUCAUAGGAUGCAGGACUCAUACAUGGUGAAUACCAACACACAGUCAGCACCUCCUGUGACAACGACGUUACCCUCCUUCUCACAACACCCCUAUCAGAUGCCUCCUACCGGUCAUGCUCCAGCCACCACAGUUGCCGCAGCGACACCCUGGACAGGACAUGAUCAACACAUGGUAUACUACGAUCCCAUGUCACUCCACCAACCACCCCCACCACUCGAUGGUUCUGUAGCAUUCGAGCCUCACGAUGCAGGAGGCGAUCAUUACAACGAGGUUUCAUGGCAACUCUUCGUCAACGGUCUAGGUCUAUAA